AUGCCAAGCAGAUCAGCCGGAGUGAUGAGGCAAGAUUGGGAGCCAGUGGUGCUGCACAAGACCAAGCCCAAGUUCCAAGACCUUCGCGAUCCAAAAUCAGUGAACCAGGCCCUCCGGUCCGGCACUCCAGUCCAGACAAUCAAGAAAUUCGACGCUGGGUCUAACAAGAAAGCAACGGCACCAUUGGUGAACGCCAGGAAGUUGGAGGAGGAGACGGAGCCAGCGGCGUUGGACAGAGUCUCGACGGGGGUGAGGCAGGCGAUUCAAAAAGCGCGGCUUGAGAAGAAAAUGAGCCAGACUGAGCUUGCUAAGCUGAUUAAUGAGCAACCAAAGGUAGUGCAGGAGUAUGAGAAUGGGAAGGCGGUGCCUAACCAGGCUGUUUUGGUUAAGAUGGAGAGAGUGCUUGGGGUGAAGCUUAGAGGGAAGAUUGGCAAGUGA